AGCGGAGAGCUAACGGGAGAGGGGCGGCGGCGGUGCGGAGCGGAGCGGAGCGGACACUCGCGGCUUCUCAUGGAGUUGGAGAACAUUGUGGCCAACACAGUGCUGCUGAAGGCGCGGGAAGGAGGAGGUGGAAAGCGGAAAGGGAAGAGUAAGAAAUGGCAGCAGAUGUUGCAGUUCCCCCAUAUCAGUCUGUGUGAGGAGCUGAGGCUAACAAUUGACAAGGACUACAACAACCUGUGUAUCAGACAGCCCAUUGGGCGUCUCCUCUUCCGCCAGUUCUGUGAUUCUUGGCCUGAGCUAUUGCGCUGCGUAAGGUUCCUGGAUUCAGUGGAAAACUAUGGGGUGACUCCGGAUGAAAAACGAAAAGAUUGUGGUCAACUCCUGAUUGACCUGUUCCUAAGCCAAAAGUCUCCAGACUAUAUACCUGAGAUCCCCUGUGAACUGGUCAGUAAAUGUUCACAACAAUUGAACCAAGGUGCUUGCAAGGAGUUGUUCUAUGAAUGCAACAUGCUGGUCCAUGACUAUCUGAGUGUGGCUCCUUUUGCCGACUACCUGGACAGUCCAUACUUUAACCGCUUUCUGCAGUGGAAAUGGCUAGAAAGGCAGCCUGUGACAAAGAACACGUUCCGACAAUACCGAGUCCUGGGGAAGGGUGGAUUUGGAGAGGUGUGCGCUUGUCAGGUACGGGCAACAGGAAAGAUGUACGCCUGCAAAAAACUGGAGAAGAAACGCAUCAAGAAGCGAAAAGGAGAGGCCAUGGCACUUAAUGAGAAGCAAAUUUUGGAAAAAGUGAACAGUAGGUUUGUAGUCAGUUUGGCCUAUGCUUAUGAAACAAAAGAUGAGCUGUGUUUGAUUCUUACCCUGAUGAAUGGUGGAGACCUAAAGUUUCACAUCUAUCACAUGGGUGAGACUGGCUUUGAUGAGAAGAGAGCAACAUUUUAUACAGCAGAGAUCUGUUGUGCGCUGGAGGACUUGCAUCGAGAGAGGAUCGUGUACAGGGAUCUGAAGCCAGAGAACCUUCUACUAGAUGACCAAGGUCAUAUCCGGAUCUCAGACCUGGGCCUUGCAGUCUACAUUCCUGAAGGGCAGACCAUCAAGGGCAGAGUGGGCACUGUGGGAUAUAUGGCUCCUGAAGUUGUGAAGAACGAGCACUAUACAUUCAGUCCUGACUGGUGGGGCUUGGGCUGCCUCCUGUAUGAGAUGAUCGAAGGACAGUCACCCUUUCAGCAGCGCAAGAAGAAGAUCAAACGGGAGCAGGUGGAGAGGCUGGUGCGGGAAGUACGGGAGACAUACUCUGAGAAGUUCUCGACAGAAGUCCGUUCCCUCUGUGUCUUGCUCCUGAAUAAGUGCCCUCAGCUGCGUCUGGGCUCUGAGGGUGGUGCCCAAGAGGUGAAACAGCAUCCCUGCUUCCACAACAUCAACUUUAAGAGGCUGGAGGCAGGAAUGGUGUGUCCGUCAUUUGUACCUGACCCACAAGCAAUCUACUGCAAGGACGUAUUGGAUAUCGAGCAGUUUUCCACUGUGAAGGGCGUGGAGCUGGAUCCUUCCGACAAUGAUUUCUACAAGACAUUUGCCACCGGUUGUGUGUCCAUCCCCUGGCAGAAUGAGAUGAUCGAGACGGAGUGCUUUAAGGAGCUGAACGUAUUCAGCACAGAUGGAACAGUGACCCCAGACCUGGACUGGAGGGGACAGCCCUCAGCCCCACCCAAGCGGGGUCUGCUGCAGCGGCUCUUUAGCCGACAGAAGUGAGUUACCUUUGGCUGUUGGUGCCAGUGUGCGUGGCUGGAGUGGUCGGUUUCCCCGGAUCAGGCUUCGGAAAGAGUCUGGCAUUGCUUGCUGCUCUAGUCCUGCCACCUGCUGCACACUUACUGCUCAUCUUAAAUCUCUGUGGUGCUUAGACCCAAGACGCUUCUUUGUCCAUUGCCCCGAGCAGUCUCCCUCUAUCAGACAGAGCUUGUCAGCAUCUCAGGGACAGCCUGGGUUGUGUAGCUGUCUGUGCUGUACCCUACGGCCUAUGCUCCAUCCCCAAGCUCCUCCAGCUGUAUCCCAGUGUCCGCAUUUCAUUUCUACAAAGAUCGCUUUGCUUUUCUUCCUAUAUGCUCUUGCUCUCUCCCAGGUCUGCUGCCGAAGCUGUCCUGCCAGUAAGGAGGAACCAACGAGGCUCUAGACAAGGACCAGCAGGAGUGGGAUCACCGAGAUCACUGUUAUCAGAACUACCGACAGUGAGACUGGACCACAUCCCUCUGCCACGACACUCUUCACUCUUGCAAAUAGAUUUUGUAUUUUAAUAUAAAUAUUGGGAAUAUAUAUUUUAAGCAAACAUAAUGUACAUGUACAGCUGGAAUGAUA